UUCCCCAGACUUAGUUUCCCAGCCUCUGUCGCAGCUCUGUGCUUCCCUCCAUCCCCCUGGUGGCAGCUCCUGUCCGGUAAGGAAGAGUUAAGUCGGCCCACACGCACUGGCCAAUGGGCACGCGCAGCGCCUUCGCGGCGCCUCCUGAUUGGCGGGCGCUCUGGAUGGGCGGGAGGAGGGGGGGAGGGGUCGCCCCGCCUCCGAGCUGCGCUUAAAAGGCCACAGCUGUGCAGAGCCCGCGCAUCCGCUCACCUCGGCCAUGAGCUGCACGGAGCCUGCGGAGGCGCCUGAGGAGCGGAGUUUCCUCAGCACGGCGGAGGCGGCCGCCCUGGAGCGGGAGCUGCUCGAGGAUUACCGCUUCGGGCGACAGCAGCUGGUGGAGCUGUGUGGACACGCUAGUGCCGUGGCUGUGACCAAGGUGUUCCCUUUGCCUGCCCUCUCCCGGAAGCAGAGGACCGUGCUGGUUGUGUGCGGCCCAGAGCACAAUGGGGCGGUGGGGCUGGUCUGUGCCCGGCACCUGCGGGUGUUUGAGUAUGAGCCCACCAUCUUCUACCCCACGCGCUCGCUGGACCUGCUGCACCGCGACCUGACCACACAGUGUGAGAAGAUGGACAUCCCCUUCCUGUCCUACCUGCCCGCCGAGGUGCAGCUCAUCAACGACGCCUACGGGCUGGUGGUGGACGCCGUGCUGGGCCCAGGCGUGGAGCCCGCUGCGGUUGGGGGGCCCUGCACCCGCGCGCUGGCCACACUGAAGUUGCUCUCCAUCCCCCUCGUGAGCCUGGACAUCCCCUCAGGCUGGGACGCCGAGACCGGCGGCGGGGACUCGGAGGACGGGCUGCGGCCGGACGUGCUGGUGUCGCUGGCGGCCCCCAAGCGCUGCGCCGGCCGCUUCUCCGGGCGCCACCACUUCGUGGCCGGCAGAUUCGUGCCCGACGACGUGCGCCGCAAGUUCGCGCUGCGCCUGCCCGGCUACGCGGGCACUGACUGCGUCGCGGCGCUGUGACCGCCACCAAUAAACAGAUGCUACCA